ACCGGAGCGCCGCGCGUGGAGGCGGUAAUGUGCAUGCGCACAGGGGUCGGCCCGGGCCCAGCACGCGGCUCGAUGACCACGGGUACGAGCAUGCAGAUACCCAUGCUCUGACUUGCUGCCCCUCCUCUGACAUGGCCCACCGGUGUGGGGAGAGGGAUUUCCAGACUUCAGCUCGGCGCAUGGGCACCUCGCUGCUCUUCCAGCUUUCAGUGCACGAAAGGGAACUGGACCUGGUUUUCCUGGAUCAUAGCUAUGCCAAGCCAUGGAGUGCCCAUCCAGAUGCCAGUAGUGCCUGCCCCACCCGCAUGCUUUUUGUCACUCCCCGGAGGCAGCAUGAAAGUACCAUAACUGUCACAUAAUCUAGACCCUUCUUAGACGUAGAGACAGUCACAUCAACCCCUGUGCCGCUCUAUGACAAUCAGAAGGCAUGCAGCACAAUGAAUGAGUGUGAAUGGCAAGUCAUCUUUGCCAGGACGGAUGCAGAUGCCCCUCCCCCACCAGAGGACCGGGAGGAGCAUGUCAACAGGACUGGUUGGACAAUGGCCCAGAACAAGCUAUUCAACAAGAUCCUCACAGCCCUGCAAUCUGACCGGCUUGCCCGCUUGGUCAAUGAAGGGGCUUGUCAUGAGCCAGUGCUGGGCCAUGUUGCCGUGGACAAGUGUGCAAGGAGAGUGUGGCAGGCUCUGGCAAGUGUGAGUGGGGACACCAAGCUGAUCCAGUGGCUGCACACCACCCUCAUGGAGACCUUGAGUCUGCCUAUGCUGGCAGCCUAUCUAGAUGCUUUGCAGACACUGAAAGGGAAGAUCCCAACCUUGACUGACUGGAUGCUUGUGUCAUCCAACACAAAGACUGGAGCUGCAGGAGCUGAGGCCUUGUCUCUCUUACUGAAGAGGCUGUGGGACCUUGCUGUGGGAGUGCUUUCUCAUAACAAACCAAGCAAACUCCCUAGUUCUCCUCUGAUUCUCAUGGCUUCCUCUGGCCCCUCCAGCUCUAUGUCUCCCUCAUGCCACCAUCGCUUCUGGCAGUCUCAGCUCUCCUGCUUAGGCAAGGUCAUUCCCAUAGCCACCCAUCUGCUGAACAAUGGCAAUGGGGUAGGAGUUCUGCAGUGUCUUGAGCAUACGACGGGGGCAGUGAGAAGCAAAGUCCUGGAGAUUCACAGCCAUUUCCCACACAAAUCCAUUAUCUUCAUUGGCUGGAACACAGGAGUUUUGGUGGCCUGUCACGUUUCAGUGAUGGAGUAUAUCACUGCUGUUGUCUGCCUUGGGUUUCCUCUGCUCAACAUGGAUGGCCCCAGAGGGGAUGUGGAUGAUCCCCUCUUGGAUAUGAAGACUCCAGUCCUCUUUGUCAUUGGUCAGAAUUCCCUACAGUGUCACCCUGAAGCCAUGGAGGACUUCUGGGAGAAGAUUCGGGUUGAGAACAGCUUGGUGGUGGUUGGGGGAGCUGAUGAUAAUCUCAGAAUAAGCAAAGCAAAUAAGAAAUCAGAAGGAUUAACUCAGAGCAUGGUGGACAGAUGUAUUCAGGAUGAGAUUGUGGACUUUCUGACCAGAGUGCUCACUCGCACUGAGGGUCUCGUGGGCUCUGACCCUCGGGAUCAGGAUGCUGAGAAGAAGAAACCUCGUGACACAGCCCGCGGAGACCUGACCUUUGAAGUACCUGAACAGUGCAGUCGACCUGCCUCCCCAGCCGCCAAGCUACCCGCCUCACCCUCGGACUCGGAAGGCCUCUCUAGUGUGUCCAGCAGCCCCACAUCCAGUCCUCAGACCAAAGUGACCACAGUGACCUCUACCCAGAAAUUCAGUCAGAUUGGGAGCUCUCAGCUGCUAAAGAGACAUGUGCAGUGGACAGAAGCUGUGCUGACCCACAAACAAGCCCAAGUUCCUAUUUCAUCAGAACCAACAGAGGAAGCAGAGAAAGAGGACCUUAGGGUCCAGUUGAAGCGGCACCAUCCCUCGAGUCCUCUUCCUGGCAGUAAGACCUCCAAGCAACCAAAGAUCAAGGUGUCCCUUAUCUCCCAAGGAGACGCAGCUGGAGGGCCUUGUGCUCCUUCCCAAGGAGGAGCUCCAGAAGCUACGAGUGGGAAGUCCAUCACCAUGACAUUGGGGCAGGCUUCAGCAGGGGCCAAGGAGCUCACAGGACUUCUCACAGCCAAGUCAAGCACUUCUGAAGGUGGAGUCUCAGCCAGCCCAACUCUCUCAGUGGUCUCCAGCAGCACUGUGCCCAGUGCCUUGCACAUACUCCAGAGCCGCUUGGUGGCCACCUCUCCUGGCAGCUCCCUCCCAGGGGCCACAUCAGCCAGUAGCCUCCUCCAAGGCCUCAGCUUCAGCUUACAGGAUAUAGCAAAUCCCUCCCCAGGACCAGUCCCACAGGCCACCAGUGUGAAGUUGCCCACCUCCAUGCAAAGCCUGGGAGCCAUCAUCACGGACACCAGCACCACUGUCCGUACCAUUCCUGUGGCCACCACUCUCUCCUCCUUGGGUGCCACUCCUGGUGGGAAGCCCACAGCCAUCCACCAGCUGCUGACCAAUGGGGGCCUCGCUAAGUUGGCAAACAACCUCCCUGGCAUGGCACAGAUCUCUAACCAAGCAUCAGGCCUGAAGGUCCCUAUCACCAUUACUCUGACACUUUGUGGCCAACCCAGCAGAAUCACCACACUGAGCCCCCUGGGCUCAGGAGCAGCCCCGUCUGAGGAGCCCACCUCCCAGUUGCUGCCUUCCAGCUCACAGCGCCUGCGUCCAGCACCCUGAAGAUGCCAUGUGCUAUGUCCUCCUUACCAGGUUGGUGAUGGCUGCUUCAUGGUGGGCUCUGGGCAUAAGCGUGGUCUUGCUGAGCUGUCCAUGUGUCUGAAGACCUCUUU